AUGCCUCCUCGAAAGUAUAUGUCUGGACAUGAUAAGCGGAUAAAGAAACAAAAAAUUGAAGAAUUCAAUCGAUCUCAAGCGGGAGCACUUGAAAAAUUUAUUACUUGUAGUAGAAAUACAUAUUCUAAUUUAGUUCAAGAUUCGGUGAAUGUUGAAAAUGAGCAACCUGAAAAUCAAGAAAGCGAGGAUUUGGUUAAUGAAAAUUUGAAUGAGAAUAGAAAUUCCAUUGAAGAAGGUGAAGAACAUGAAGAUUCCAAUGAGAAUAGAAAUUUGAAUGAGAAUAGCAAUGUAAAUGAACAUGAAGAAAAUGUAAAUGAACAUGAAGAUUUGGUACAACAAGAAAACCUUGAAAGAAGGCCUUCAAACAUAAAUGACCCAGGAAAUUGGAAAAAUAUUGAUCAAAGAUUGAGAGACUUACUAGUUGAAAGAGGUCCCAAAAGAAAUGAUAAUCUUGAUUUUCCAAAAGAUUCAGAAGGCAGACAUUUCUCCUCAACACAUUACAUUCGUAACUUAUCCAAUGGUGAACAUCAUGAUAGAAAAUAG